AGACCACACGCACGCCGCGACAUUUCCCAGAUAUUUCCCCCGUCCUGCGCUUUUCCUCCUUCCUUCUCCGCCGCAAUCUCUCCUAGCUAUCCUUAACACAGCAUGCCGGAGGCACCUGCACGGGCAGCCGCCGGCGGCGGCGCCUCCGCCCCCGCCGACGUCGACGUCGUCACCUCCAGCGGCGGCCGCAAGAUCGCCGCCCAUUCCUCCGUCCUUGCGUCGGCGUCGCCGGUGCUGGAGACGAUCCUGGAGCGCCGGCUGCAAAGAGUGAAGGAGAGCGGCAAGGGCGGCAGGGCCGUCGUCCGGAUCCGCGGCGUCACCGGCGACGUCGCAGCGGCGUUCGUCCGCCUCCUCUACGCCGGCAGCAGGCGUGGCGAGGGCGAGGUGGAGGAGGACGUGGAGAAGUACGCGGAGCAGCUGCUGGUGCUGGCGCACGCGUACCGGGUGCCGUGGCUGAAGCUGUGGUGCCAGGAGGCCAUCGGGUCGCGGCUCACCCCGGGCACCGUGGUGGACGCGCUGCAGCUGGCCGACCUCUGCGACGCGCCGCAGCUGCACCUCCGCUGCAUGCGCCUGCUCGCCAAGGAGUUCCGCGCCGUCGAGCGCACCGAGGCAUGGCGUUUCCUCCGCGACAACGACCCCUGGCAGGAGCUCGACGUCCUCCGCCAACUCCACGACGCCGACAUGCGCCGGCGAAAGUGGCGUCGGAAGCGCGCGGAGCAGAAGGUGUACAUGGAGCUGAGCGACGCCAUGGACAUCCUGCGGCACAUCUGCACGGAGGGCUGCACGGAGGUCGGCCCCGUGGGGCAGGCGCCGACCAAGUCGCCGUGCCCGGCGUACGCGACGUGCCGGGGCCUGCAGCUGCUCAUCCGCCACUUCUCCCUGUGCAAGAGCCGCGCCAGCUGCCCCCGGUGCCAGCGAAUGUGGCAGCUGCUCCGCCUCCACGCCGCGCUCUGCCGCGUCCCCGACGGCCACUGCAACACCCCUCUCUGCACGCAGUUCAAGCUCAAGGAGCAGCAGAAGGAGGCGGUGUCGGCUUCGGUGGCGGCGAAGGCCGGUGACGGAAGCGACGGCAGGUGGGGGCUUCUUGUGAAGAAGGUGAAGGCUGUCAGCGUCAUGUCUUCCCUCGGCAAGAGAAGCUCGCCCUCUCAGUGCUGCCGAGCCUGACCAAAUGGAAUGUAUAUUACUGAGGAUCCCCUCUCUAGGGUUGUGCUUCAAGUGCGGCGAGCGGUGGGGGCGUGAACACACGUCCUCUGCCACCGUCCAUCUCCAUGUCAUGGAGGAGUUGAUGCAGCUCUUCGGCAUCGACGCGGCGAUGUCCAUCUCCCGUCAAGCUCUCACCGGCGGUGUCUCUCGCCGCGUGCAUUUCACCUGCAGGCGUGGUUGCAAGGCCACGAGAUGACAUGCUGCUGGAUUCGGCCAGCUCCACGUCCUUCGUCGAUCAGCAAUUCACUGCCAAGCAUGUGGUAUCGUCCCUCUGCUUCAAUCUGGGCGCAUCAAAGUUGCUGGUCGAGGAUAGAUAACAUGUUACUCAGUUAGAGCCGAUCUCCUGUAAUUUAGAGGAGGAUAUGGCCGAGUAUCUUUUAGAUGAGCAUAUUUGCUCCUUUAUAAAGAAGUGUUGUUUCUAAUCGACCCCCAAUAUUUUUCUUCC